AUGAUACCAACUACAAAGAAUGAAAGAACACGGUGGCCUUGUCACAAACAUAUAUUAUCGAAACAUUCCAAAUAUUUUGAAGCUAUGUUUGCUUGUGAAUUUGAAGAAUCUGGGGCGACGAUUAUCUUUAUGCCUUGUGGGAUAUUCAACAAUACUACGACUUUAGAGACUAUUCUACAAUUCAUGUAUACCAAUGAACUUUGUUUGGAACAAACGACGGAGGAUAUGUUACUACAAUUGGAUCAAUUGGAAGAUCUUUAUGCCGCUGCCGAUUAUUUAGGCAUGCCUCAACUCUGCAUCGAUAUCACCAACAAGCUUUUGGCGCUAGGUCAUCACUGUACUUGUUACUGCGACGCUUGUGCUUAUAUUGUACCGUUUCUGUACGCAUUAGCCCAACCGCGUGCGACCGACCCUUGUAUGUUGAAACUGACAGACGCUGCGCUGACCAUCAUGACCUCUGAUCCUGAAAAGGCUCUUGGCUCGUUUUGGACUUGUCCCUCGAUGAUGGAUUUAUUACAAGGUUAUACCAUUGACAAUCCUUUGACACAAUCCUUAUUGGCCCAUAUUAGUAAAACAAGUGCCAUUGAAUCUCUUCAUGGUUGUUAUGUAGCUUCUUAUCGAUUAUUGGCUCUUAUAGAAGAAGAAGAACAAGAAGAACAAGAAGAAAGUGUUCUUCAGGCUUCCAUCAAGGCUGCUCGUUCCAAGGCUACUCUUACUAUUGCUUCUCAUUUUGAUUUUUAUUGCUCCGAAUACCCAACUUUACUCUCCUGCAUUGAUGGUAUCGUCUAUUCCUCGGAUUUUAUGGAAUAUCUUUUACUUCGCACCAUUCAUGAUCAAAUGACUCCCGAAAAUGCUUGUACUCUUUAUCAAGGUGUGGUCCGACAUCUUAUGGCUCGUCAUGCUGUUCAACAUUCUUCUCAUCUCAAGAAAAUCUUUCAUGGUAUCAAGGAUGAAAUCGUACGUUAUAUUUUUUAUCAUGUCAAGGAAAUUCGAGCUCAUGAGAAAUUUGAAAAAUUGGAUCAUUUUACACAUCAUAUGGAAAUUUUACAAACUGUGGCUGUAGGACGACGAGUCAAACUGAUAUCUAGACCCGUGUUGACAAUAGGAACGGUGGCAUUUGUUGGUCAUGUUACUUUUGCUGAUGGUAUCUGGGUCGGUGUUGAAUUAGAUAGAAGAGUCGGGAAAUCGGAUGGAUCAGUGGAUGGACAACGUUAUUUUACUACUACACCAAGUCGAGGUGAAUUUGUCCGAUUAGAUCAAGUUGCCCUUAUUGAAGUUUAA